AUACCCAUAACCCCAACUGCCAACGACUCAGUUUUCCCCAAUCUUGAUUAAAGCCUUUAACUCCUCAGUCAUCCCUCGUAGCAUUCCACACAUGACCACGUUAUUAUUUUUCCAACUUCCUACGUCUUCAGAACCUUCCAUUUGAAAAAAGAAAAAAAAUAAAAAGUAAGACCGUCCAGCUUCACCCGUUUUCAUUUCUCAUUUAAUACUCCCCAAAUUAUCUCAGUAAACCCAUUAAAAUUCUUCUUGUUUUCCUCUGCUUCAGUUUUUUUUUCCUCCAACUGAUUCUUGAUCAGCUAUGGCUUCAAUUCAUAUCUUUGCAAUUUUCUCUCUAAUUUUUAUUCUGCUACCAUGGUCCACUGCUAACAAUGCUUUGCCUCCUAUCUUCUCCCCUAUCUUCGAAAAUGUGUGUAAAGAAGUGAGUUGUGGAAAAGGAACUUGCAAAGCUUCUUCAAAUGGUACUUUUGGUUUCGCAUGUGAAUGUGAUCCUGGCUGGAGGCAAACUCGUUCCAAAAACGAUAACUUUUUCAAGUUUCUUCCUUGUGUUAUUCCCAACUGUACUACAAACUUCUCGUGUGGAGAGGAGGCUCCUGGCCCAUCACCAGAUAAACGAACUAAUGCAUCAAUCUUCGAACCUUGCCAUUGGGCUGAAUGUGGAGGCGGCAUGUGCAACAAGACCUCUCCCGUGACCUAUUCUUGUGAAUGCCAAGAGGGUUACUACAAUCUACUCAAUCUCACUGCUUUCCCUUGCUUCAAAGAAUGUGCUCUUGGAAUGGAUUGUUCUCAGCUUGGGAUUGAUAUAAUGGGCAAUAAGUCAUCUUCUCCGCCUCCUAGUUUGCCUGAUAACAGCAAAAGUAUAGCUAUUUCGUUAUUUGGUGGUGGCUAUGGCUGGUCGAUCAUCACGGCUGCAACUAUGGCUGUGGUUUUAUUGAUAUAGUUACCUCUGCCAGAGGAUGAGAUUCCUUCCCCCUAGAUUGAUGAAUAAGCAAGCUAUUUUGCAGCUGGUUUUGGCUUAGGAUAUCAUAUUUUUGUAAAUUCGAUACGAGUGAUUUAGAAAAUUUUGCUUUGUUAUAUAGACAGUAGGGAGAUUCCACUUUCAUAUGCCAUUGAGUUAUGUAUUUCCUGUAUAUUGCAUUCUGGGUUUUUUUUUUGUUUUCACAUUUGCUUGAUCGGAGGAUUGAUCCAUUUGUACUUGUGCUGUUGUAGUCCUUAAAAUUAUUUGUGUAUGACUUUUUUUAUGCAA